GAGGACGUGGACCCCGGCCGAGACUCAAGGCACGCCUGCUCUGUCCCGCCGGCGGGAGAAGGAGGCAGGUCCUCUCUAGGCGCUGCAGCUGCGUAGUCCGGGCGCCAAGAGGUAGGUGUAGCCCACUCAUCUGGUAACUGAGACAGGGAGGCAGCAGCUGUCGGCAGGUCCCUGGGCAGUGUGUGAGAUGGGACGGACAUCAAAGGACAAGAGGGAUGUCUACUACCGCCUGGCCAAGGAGAAUGGCUGGCGUGCCCGCAGCGCCUUCAAGCUGCUACAACUCGAUGAGGAAUUCCACCUCUUCCAAGGUGUGACACGGGCAGUUGACCUGUGUGCAGCCCCAGGCAGCUGGAGCCAGGUGCUGAGCCAGAAGAUUGGGGGUCAGGGGUCCGGCCAUGUGGUGGCUGUGGACCUGCAGGCUAUGGCUCCACUACCAGGUGUGUUACAGAUCCAGGGGGACAUCACCCAGCUGUCCACUGCCAAAGAGAUCAUCCAGCACUUUGAGGGCUGCCCCGCGGACCUAGUGGUGUGCGACGGGGCUCCCGAUGUAACUGGCCUCCAUGAUGUGGAUGAGUAUAUGCAGGCCCAGCUCCUCCUAGCCGCUCUGAACAUUGCCACACAUGUCUUGAAGCCAGGGGGCUGCUUUGUGGCCAAGAUCUUUCGAGGCCGGGAUGUGACGCUGCUCUACAGCCAGCUGCGGGUCUUCUUCUCCAGUGUGCUGUGUGCCAAGCCCAGGAGCAGCCGAAAUUCCAGCAUUGAGGCCUUCGCUGUCUGUCAGGGUUAUGACCCUCCUGAGGGCUUCAUGCCAGACCUGAUGAAACCUCUGCUGGAUCACUCGUACGAUCCAGAUUUCAACCAGCUAGAUGGUCCCACCCGCAUCAUUGUGCCUUUUGUGACCUGUGGGGACCUGAGCUCCUAUGAUUCAGACCGCAGUUACCCACUGGAUCUAGAAGAUGGCUCAGAGUAUAAGUACACUCCGCCCACGCAGCCCCCCAUCUCGCCGCCGUACCAGGAAGCCUGCAGGUUGAAGAAGAAAGGGCGGCUCGCCAAGGAGAUCCGCCCCCAGGACUGCCCCAUCAGCAGAGUGGACACGUUGCCACAGCCUCUGGCCGCCCCUCAGCACCACACCCUGCUGGCCCCUGAGGUCUGGAAACGUGGCUCUGAGCCUGCAUUGACCUCUCCCCAGUGUGCCUCUUUCUGCCCGCAAAUCACACAUGUUUCUGGAGCCAAAAUUCUCUUUCCUGCCACCCAAUAGCUAUAAAAAUCAAUGGGUAAAACCAAGCAUAAUGAAUGGAAACAUUUAGUUGUAUAUCUGAAUCCCUUUUCUUUUUCUUGGGUAGAUGGAGGACAGUGAAAUGAAUUGUUCACCUUAACACAUUAAAGUAAGUUUGCUUUUUUAUCUAAGAGUUUGAGUAAAGGGCACCUUGAAGAAAAAGUUCAAUAAAAUUUUACCUUUGAAAUUUU